AUGUGCCCUGACAGGAGCUUACUGAAGGGGAGUGCUGUUUCAUGCAGGCCACUGUGCUACCCAUUGGUAACUCCAAUUCCCCCACUUUCUUUGGCUGGAGUUCCAGGACUAGAAGUUUCACAUUGGGUCUCCUAUCCCUCUUUUCUGCCUUAUAUGGUUGCCCUUUUGGAGAACAGCAAACUCUAUGUUAUGAUCAUUGACUCCAGCUUCCACAAGCCCGUUUACUCUUUCCUAUUCAUACUCUCUACCACUCGCAUACAAAUGCUACAAAUCUCUACAAUGUCAACAACAUUAGCUAUCCUCUGGUUUAACGCAAGAGAAAUCAGUCUAGAUAGCUGCAUUAUCCAGAUGUUUUUUCUUCAUGGAUUUACUAUCAUGGAAUGUGCGGUGCUGGUGGCCAUGGCCUUUGACCGCUUUGUGGCAAUCUGUGAUCCUCUAAGAUACACUACUAUCCUCACUCAUUCCAGAAUUAUGCAGAUGGGUCUCUUAAUGAUUUUGCGCACUGUAAUAUUAAUAGUGCCACUACUCUUGCUCCUUAAGCCCCUCUCUUUCUGUGGAGCAAAUGUCCUUUCCCAUUCUUACUGUUACCAUUCAGAUGUGAUUAAAUUAGCAUGUUCAGAUACUCGGGCCAACAGCAUCUAUGGAUUAAUUGGUCUCAUUCUGACCACAGGAGUGGAUACACCAUGCAUUGUCCUGUCUUACAUCUUGAUCAUUCGCUCUGUGCUCAGUAUGGCCUCCCCCAAAGAACGGCACAAGGUCUUUAGUACAUGUGUCUCUCACAUUGGGGCGGUUGCUAUUUUCUACAUUCCCAUGAUUAGCUUGUCCUUGGUGCAUCGCUAUGGCCGAUCAGCCCCCAAAGUGGUCCAUUCGAUGAUGGCCAAUAUAUAUCUGCUUUUGCCCCCUGUGCUCAACCCUGUCAUCUAUAGUGUGAAAACAAAACAGAUUCGCAAGGCUAUACUUCAUCUUCUUACAAAAUAA